UAUUUGAGAUCUCCAACAUGGCUGACGUUUACACAAAGGGGAAACAGUUUCGAGUGUGCCACAUUUUUGGUGAGUUUAUUGCUUGGCAAAGGAUACAAUGCCUAUGUUGUAAGUGGCUAUGCUUCGAGGGAGCAGGUCAAAUGUGAUUUAACCAAAAGGCCAUGUCCUCACUUACCAAAAGAAGAGGAACUACCCAUAACGACAGGCUCGAAGGACCCAGCGAAAUAUCAGCUAAAACAACCUCCGGAAUUCAGAAGUCAAUUUUUGCUCGAGAUGGAGGCCAAAAAAGAAAAAGCUAAGGCUGACGAACUUCAAAAACAGGAAGACGAGCAGCAGAGGAUGAUAAAGGAAUUUGAAAAGCCUCCUCCUGACGAGUGUCAUGGAUUCCGAAUACACUCAUGGGUCGUUGUCCUGCCAGAUUAUAGUGGACCUCGAGGUCAAGAAAUUCUUGCACCUUUCUUCAUCGAACCUUCAUCUGGAGUUUCGUGUUCACCGACUGACCUGGAAGCCAAUCUUCUUUACCUGGGAGUUGAGAGUAUUUGGAAUGACCGAAAUUACUGGGUCAAUAUACAAUCAUGUAGUGAGGGGUGUGCAGGAAUAAAUUGGGAUUUAACAAAAAAUAAAUUUUGGGAACAUCUGCUUCCUGGUGAACCUUGGACGAUGAGAGGGGUCGACGAUACUGAAGAAGAGGAAAUUGAAAUCCAACGGGAGAAACAUCUUGAUAUGCCGGGAUCUUAUGUUGAUAAGAUUGAGAUUCAUAGUCUAGAUUUUGAGAGACGAUAUCCAAAUGGGAAAAAGACAACCUUUUAUAAAAAAGCUAAAGUGGAACAAAUUGCUCCGUAUUUUAACAUAAGUGGAUUAAUUGAGCGAGUCACUCUUUAUGAUGAUUACGAAUACACAAUCCCUAUAAAAGUUUAUGAAAAAUUUAUAAACAGAGGGGACAAUUUAUUCAAGUCCACGAAAGAAAUGAAUUCGAAACUAGUUACCGAUUUCUAUAACAGAGGACGUCCUGAUGCCUGCAAAGAACAUCAUUAUUAUUCUAAAUUGCCUGAUAGAGUUGAUGAUGAAAGGAUAAUCGAAUAUUACGAUGCAGUGCGUCUAGAUGGCCUUUCUAAAAUAAAAAUGCAUCGAAAUUAUCUCUUCCAGGAUUAUAAGAAUCGAGACGAUUUUCUCUUUAAUCGAGAAGUUCACUUUACGACAGACAAGGGACGAAAAGAUGAAAAUGAUAUUCACUAUCGUGAAAUUGUGAAAAUAAUAGAAAGGUACCAUAGAAAUGAAAAAAUUCCAGCUUCUCAAAACAUUGCAGUUAAAGAAUUUGCAAUUGUUGAUAAUGAAAUUCGACUAAAAUAUCAUUACGAUAAGGGAAAUUACACCAGAGCUACUCGAACAUUUGUCAAACCUUCCAUGGCUGACCGAGGUGAACGUCUUGUCUUCAAUCCGGAAAUGGUUUUUGAAUACAAUCCAGAUCCGAUGGCUCCUCCAGAAAAGACCUUGAUUCUUUUUUACGAUCUAAAAAAGCAGCUUGAAGAUGAACAACAAAGUACCUUUCAUGUUAGAGACGCAGAGUUGGAAAUUAAUAGAUUCAUUCAAACCAAAAACGAGGAGCAUAUGAUGCCAAAACUUUCAGUCUCAGUUUUUGAUAGAAACAGGAACGAAAAAGCUAGAGCUGAAAUUCUGGAACAGGAGGAAACGCUACGAGCUGAAAGUCAACGAGACACAGAAGUGACUGUAGAUCUUCUUGCUCCUUAUAUAGAAAGUCUAGGAAAUCCAUCCACUCUUACGAAGGAACAGGCAUUUAAAAUUAAUGAGCAAUUCCUCAAUGAUUUCAAACAGUCACAAGUUGAUCGAGCAAAUUAUAUGCUACGAAUGUUGAACCACGGAAAUCAAGAGCUACAGAAGUUGCAGGCAAACUUGAUUCAGACCGAUGGUUUACAAGUCGAAGAGAAGGAAAAAUUAAGGAUUCGUCUUAAUGAAAUGAAUAUAUAUCUUCACACCUUGGAGGAAAGAUUGAACAGACAUCGAGAUCUCGUUCCAGAAAGAUAUCGCCAAACGGUGAACGUUUUGCGAGAAGAUCCUCGGAUGGCCAUUUUACGAGAAUAUCACGCCUAUAAUUAAUAAAUUAUUAAAUAAAUGAGUGAACUAUUUUGAUUGAAAAUUACCUUUAUUAAAAGAAAUGUAUGUUUUUUUGUGUGUAA